AUGUUGGACCACCACAACCCGUGCUGCUGCUGCUGCUCUCUAUACCCUGCGUCUCUGCACUCACUCACUAUUAUUAAUAAUAUAUUUCUCUCUUUUUUUCUCUGUUUUCUUCUCUCUUUUAUUCUUUGCCCGUCACUCUUUCGGCAGCUUCUCAAUUGUCCUUCUUCACUUAUUGUCUUUCUUCCAAAUUGCUUUUUUCUUUCUUUCUGUCAUCAGGGAUUUUACUCCCUCUGUCUAUUUCUCCUGCACAUUCAUCUUUUAACUUCUAAAUCUAUCUACCUAUCUCACUCUGUUCAUAUCUAUCUAUCUAUCUAUCUAUCUAUCUAUCUAUCUAUCAUGUACCAAGUAUUUGAAAACACACUUUUAGCUGGAUGGAGGGUGGCACUUGCGGCUCGGUCACCGAAGGUUUGGUGGUACCAAUAUUCGUCCACACUGUUUCUCCGUUCUGGACUUGAGCUGCGGGUACGGCUUCGAUUUCGCGUGCGUGGUGCUGGGCUUCGCUGCCUCCAGCAUAGGGAGAGUUUAAGGUCUCUCAACUCUGCAUGUAGUUGGGUCAUCUCCUCUUCGAGGCGUUGUGUGUGGUUCAUGUCAAGGGGCGUCUCUACUGGUACCAGGGCUAGAACUUGUGUUAUAUUCGGUGGUAACCGAUCCAUCCAUAGCCCUCGGAGGAUGGGUUCUACCAUGGUGUUGUUCCCGAGGCGGCUCUUCAUCAGGCGGAGGAGCUGGGAUGGUGUCCUAUCGCCGAGAGACACAUUAGAGAAUAAGUCCCUGAUGAGGUCCAGUUCGUUUCAGGAUGGCUUCUUUGAGGCAGGUCCGUUUGCCUGUGUCCAUAAAUCACGUCAGGGUCACCACUUGUUGCAGCGGGCCGAGAGGUGUGAGUGCCAAUCGACCGUACAACUUAAACAGGGGACACAAAGCAAAGAGAUGGCAAUAGCAAAGAAGGAUGACAAACGCAGAUGGUCCGUUGUAGACGAUGGAAAUCGUGUCUUUAUUUGCGAACGGUGGAUGGUAAGACGACAGAGGUCGUUUGUUCGGGAACGGUGUCCGGACGAUAACGGGCGCUGGACGUCAGUGGGCACUGGAUUAGGACGAUUUUCCUCAUCUUUACUUACUUUCUCUAUAUCUAUCUUUUUUAUUCUUUUUCCUGCUCUCUUUCUCUGUUCCAAUCUUAACAUGUCUGUAUUUCUUACUCUUCACUUUCUCUCAUAUUUACUUAUCCUCCCUAUAUCUAUUUAUUUUUCCUCCUCUUCUCUAUUUCUUCCUUUCUAUUCCAAUAUUUAUAUAUCUAUUCUUCUAUCUCUUCAUUCUUUCUCUCAUCCUUAUUUAAACAUCCUCUCUUUCUCUAUCCUUUCUUUUAUGCAUCUUCCUCCUCUCUUUCUCUCUCUCUCUCUCUGUUCCAACCUUUACAUCUUCUCUUUAUCUAUUUUCCUCCUCCUCUUUUCUUCUCUCUCUCUCUCUCUCUCUCUCUUUCCCUCUGUUCAAACUUUUACGUGUCUAUAUUUACACUUCAUUCUUUCUCUCAUUUUUACUCAAAUAUCCUCUUUAUAUCUUCUUCAUUUUAACCUUUCCAUAUCUACUUUUCAUUCUUUCUCUUAUUUUUAUUUAAAUAUCCUCUCUUUCUCUCUUUCUUUAUUUUUCUUCUUCUCUUUCCUCAUCUCUCUCUUUCUCAGUUUUAACCUUUGCACAUCCAUAUAUCUUAAUCCUUACUUUCUCAUCUUUACUCAUAUAUCCUCUCUUUAUCUAUUUUUUAUUCUUCUCUUACCUCCUCCUCACUCUCUCUCUUUCUCUUUUUCCUUUGUUCCAAUUUUUAUACACCCAUGCUUUUUACUCUUCACUCUUUCUCUCAUCUUUACUCAUAUAUCCUGUCCAUAUCUAUCUUUUUACACCCCUCUCUCACUUUCUCUUUCUUUCUCUGUCUCUCUCUAUUCAAUUCACUUUUAUAUUGUAUGUCAUUAA